AUGGCAAGGUCUAUUGCGGGCUCUGGAGACGCACCUCCCGGGUCUCUCUCCAAUGAUCUCGAUUUAGCGACAGGCGGAUUGACAAAACGGAGUGGGAACCAGGGCGAAUUCAGCGAAAAACAUACUGUUAUCGAUAACAACGAAGAGUCGUCGCUUGAAGAGGGGUCGAAGCCGACCCAUGACCAUACACAUCGCAAGCUCAAGCCCCGACACGUUCAGCUUAUUGGUAUCGGUGGUACGAUUGGUACAGCCCUCUAUGUCCAGAUCGGUAGAGGUCUGGCAAAUGGAGGGCCUGCGAGCCUCUUCUUAGCUUUCACCAUAUGGUGUUGUGUUAUAUUAUGUAUAACCGUUUGUCUGGCUGAGAUGGUCACAUACCUGCCAAUUUCCUCGCCUUUUGUCCGCUUCGCCGGCCGGUAUGUUGACGAUGCCUUUGGGGUUGCGGCCGGCUACAAUUUCUUCGUCUUUGAAGCGGCUAUGGUGCCUUUUGAGAUUACUGCAUGCAACCUCAUCAUCCACUAUUGGAGCGAUGUAGUUCCGUUGGCAGCGAUGAUUACUAUUAUGCUUGUUCUCUUCGUGCUUUUGAACGUCUUUGCCGUCAAGUGGUACGGCGAGUCCGAGUUUUGGCUCUCUCUGAGCAAGGUGCUUCUUAGUGUGGGACUUAUUCUGUUCACGUUCAUUGCAAUGCUAGGCGGCAACCCAAAAGGUGAUCGUUUUGGGUUCCGAUACUGGCAAGAGCCUGGGGCAUUUGCAGAAUAUAACAAAAAGGGCGACCUGGGAAGAUGGUUGGGUUUCCUCGCAUGCUUGAUCCAGGCCAGUUUCACCAUUGCGGGACCCGACUACGUCUCCAUGGCCGCUGGAGAGUCGGUUGACCCCCGCGGAAACCUGCCAAGAGCAUUUAACGGCAUGUUUUAUCGUCUUACAGCAUUCUUUAUUCUGGGUACACUCUGCGUCGGCAUUCUUGUUCCCUCAAACGACCAGACGAUGGCCGAUGCCUUCAAAACCAAUGCUCCUGGUGCCGCAGCUUCCCCAUACGUGAUUGCCAUGGACCGAUUAGGGAUUCCCAUACUUCCUCACAUCGUCAAUGCCAUGAUUCUUCUGGCGGCAUUCAGUGCCGGGAACAGUUACGUUUACUGCGCCAGCAGAACCUUGUUCGGACUUGCUCUCGACGGCAAAGCCCCUCGGUUCUUCACCAAGUGCACGAAAGCCGGUGUCCCGAUCUACUGCGUAGCAGCCGUGCUUCUCAUUGCCCUCCUAGCAUUUCUACAAGUAUCCAAUAAUGCCUCGGUAGUGCUGGAUUGGUUCAUCAGCUUGGUCACCUCCUCCCAACUGAUAGAUUUCACCGUCAUCACAUUCACCUACACCCGGUGGCGCAAGGCCAGACAGGCACAGGGAAUUUCCCGCUCAUCUCUCCCGUACAAGAGUUACGGCCAGCCGUACGUCGCGUACACUGCCAUGGUAGCAACAGCCGUCAUGACCUUUGUCGGCGGCUACGAGGUCUUCCUCCCCGGGAACUGGGACGUACCAACUUUUCUGUUUUCGUACACGAUGAUCGGCGUCUUUCCGGUGCUGUACUUUGGAUGGAAGUUCCUUCAUCGCACGGAGGUUCGGAAGCCUGAGGAGGUUGAUCUUGUCACGGGGCUUGAGGAGAUUGAGGAGUAUACGCGGAACUAUGUUCCUGAACCCGCGAGCAAUAUCUUCUCCCGCUUCGGCGACUGGAUAUUCCAGUAA